CAACUGCGAAAAGAUUCGUCUACUCCUUCGUUUUCUCUUCGGAUAUUCGACCGUAAUAGGUCGAUCGUUACUGCAAAAAUCCCGAGGGGAGAGCUGUGACUGUUACACCUGACAAUGGGUGUCGGGAACUUGCUUUUCUUGCUCGCUGCCCUCCUCCGCGUCGCUAGGCCAGAUCUGCUGGCUUGCUGCAGCAACGCUAACUCGGAUCAGCUCUGUCACAGUAUUUGCACGGCA